AUGGACUCCGCCCCGUUGAUCUGGAUUCUUCGCAUCUGGACGUCUCCUCCAGCCUCGUUUGGUGCGAUGAUGCGCUGGGCCCUCACAUCCAUCGUAUGCGCCGCAUGUUGCGCCCUCGCGCACACUUCCUGCCCGGCGCCGGUGGCAAAGGAUGGUAAUCAAGUCGUCUAUGAAGGCUUCUACCGCGACCAGGUAGAGACAUUCCUUGGAAUCCGGUAUGCGGAGGACACGGGAGGUCCCAACAGGUUCAAGCCUCCAAUACCAUAUCAGCCGUCCCCGGGCACGAACAUCAAAGCCACGGAAACUGGCCCGGCAUGUCCUCAGCCAACAGGCGCCCAGUUGCUUCCGCUAUAUCUGGGAAACAUCACGACCAUCUCGGAAGACUGCCUACGACUUAAUGUGAUCCGACCCAAUGGCACUCACCCGGGAUCCAACUUGCCUGUCCUCGUAUUUAUACAUGGCGGCAGCUUCAUCGCGGCGUCGAAAGAUGAUCCGGUUGCUCACCCUGGUGGCCUCAUCCUGGAGUCUGUUGCAAAUGGACAUCCCGUCAUGCAGUAAGUUUGUCCGAAAUGAGACCCCCAGUGACAUGAUAAUGACAUAUCCCGCCACAGCGUCGCUCUGAAUUACCGAUUAGGCGUGUUCGGCUUCGCACAGUCGGCUUCUCUCCAACAAGAAGGCUCUGAGAACGCCGGCGUGCGGGACCAGAGACUUGCGCUCGAAUGGGUUCAGCACAACAUCGCAGGAUUCGGCGGCAACCCCAACAACGUGACCAUCCACGGACAGUCUUCUGGGGGUCUCGCCAUGGGCAUUCAAACGGUGGCAUAUGGCGCAAGUAAACCAGCACCCUUCCAGCAAUUCAUAGCUCAAAGCCAGGCACUGGAGGGUGGAAUCACCGGCAAUUUUACCCGCAAAGCUAUGAACAAGGUUGCCAAUGCCACUGGAUGCAACACUACCGAUAUCGACUCCGCAGCGACUGUGUCCUGCUUCCGAGCGUUAAGCAUGGAGGAGCUUCUGCAAGCCCAAACUGAUACCCAUGGUUCUGGUCCGGCCGAAAACGUCGGGGAUGAAUGGCUUCCUGUCGUCGACGGCGAUUUCCUUCCUGCAGCUCCAUCUGAGUUGAUCGGGACUGGGCGCGUCUACAACGUAUCUGCUAUCGCGGGUUGGUGUAACAACGACGCUGUUCCCUUUGUCUCACUAUCCAGUCAGACGCCAAACGGUACUUAUGAGUGGUUCAAGGAAUACCUACCGGAUUUCACCCUCUCGAAUCUCAACAAGCUUCUCGACCUAUAUCCAUCUUCGGAAUUCCCGCCUUCUCGGUCCGCCAAUGGCUCUGUAGAGGUUUCGACCGAGACCCUACGGGCCGCGCGGAUCCUCAGAGACAUUGUAUUUGUCUGUCAAGCGGUCUUCCUCGGAGAAGCUCUGCAGAAGUCUGGAAACAGCUUCUACCUGUACGACCAGAACCAGACGUUCGUGACAGAUAUUUUGGCUUCGGAAGGAUCUCCCGGAGAAGGACCCGUCCACACCUCUGAAUUUGCAUACAUGUAAGACGACCCAUACGAUCCACAGUCUCUCGGACUAACCCAAGCGAUAUAGGUUCGGCAACUUGAGUCACUACAACGUCUAUGACUUCCCAUUCUACCCUAAUGCCACAGACUAUGCACUUCGAGACCGAGAGAGUCGAUCAUGGAGCUCUUUCGUGGCCACUGGAAACCCGUCUCUAGAGAACAAGACUACCCUCAAGGGAUGGAAGCAGGCGGAUCUGACAGACGAGAAUCUCGGUGUCUACAUCAUCGGUAGUCAAAACGAGGGCUAUUCGGGCCUGAACGGUUCUUCGGCUGCGCGAAGAGGGGUCGAGGCGCAAAAGCUGAAGAAGCGUUGCGAGUUUCUGAAUCAGCCCGAUGUGAUCAAGCAGCAGGGCUAUUGA